CGCCGCCUUGGCCGCGUUGUGCUUGGUCGGUGACCAAUGGCCAGAUUAAGCAUGGUGAGCACGCUUGCGUAUCACGGCUGGCGCGGUGCAGCCACCCGGCGCUGGGGUCUAUGUCGACUGGUAGCGCCGAACAUGAUGCACAACAGCAUGUCUGGUAUCGCGAGCUCGGGCCGAUAUGGGCUUGAUGGUGCAGAGACGCCGACUGACGGGACUUUCUGCGCCUGGAACUGCACUGCAGACAAUCAUGGCUCUUGUGUAUGCUUGGGAACAAGUUGUUGUUUUGGGGUCGACGCGAGGCUGAUGUCCACCACCUCAGCUCUCUUCGCAAGUUUGCCGGCAUCUGCAUCCGUCGUUUGACAGACAUCUCCCAGCCAGGACAAUUGGCACCCAGCAGCUCUCCUUGGCCUUCUCCAGGUCUCCAUCAAUGCCAGUACCACUUGGACGCCCGUCAAGCCAUUGGCAUCAACGAGGUAGUUUCGUGGCUUCGUUGCAGAAGCAAUGCAGCGCGUAGUCGCCCCUUCGAGGCUUUGGUGAUUAGGGAGGUGUCGCACGACUGCACGUUUGCUUGGAGAACCAUCAGCAAUCACAUCGAGCACAGCCACGGCAUCAAACAUACUUGGAGUAGCAUUCGAGACUCUUUGUUGCCGCUGCUCCAAGACCUCCACGGCGAAUUCGCUCACCCAUGUGGUGCUCACGCAAAGAGAUCCAGCAGAUGGUCAAUUUCCGUCGUUGCGGGAGAGUUGGAGAUACAGACGGCUGCAAGCAGAUACGACUGACGCCAGGCUUUGCUUCGAUGGAGUGCCGGAGCC